AUGGCAAUAAGUGUGAAUGUAGUAACGAGGCGGGAACUACCAGCAGUAUGGCUAUAUAUUCGUUCAUCUUCCGUCAAUGAUAUGGAACUCUUAGCUACGAGAUGCUGA